UUGUACAAUUUUUAUACUUAUUUUUAUACCAUUUCUUUAUAAUUUUUGACAUCACUCGCUCCUGCACUGACCUUAAUUCAGAAAACUUGAGCAAUGCUGACUUCGCAUGAAAUUUUCGUGGGGCAGUUCAUGAAGAACUCGGAGCGAAGGAGCGUUUACAAGCAAAUCAAGGAUCUAGUGAAGAAAGCUCAGACUGUUGCACAAAAGGAGCUGGAGCAGAGACGCCAGCGACUUCAAGCAAAGUUGGAGCUCGAAGAUAAGUUAUACCAGGAGGAGUUUGCCGAGAAUGUGAAGUCACGUAUCGAUGAGGAUAUUAGGAAACGCAAAGACAACCUCAUUACAAUCAAAAGCGAGCGCGAUCGUCGCGACAAAGAGUUCCUGCAGGAGAUGAAUAUUAAAAGAGAGCUCGAAGAUUGUUACGAAAUACGUGAAGCGUUGACGCGCAGGGAUAUGCUACAAGUAAAGGAGGCGCAGUUAGAGCAAAUUACUGAAAAGCAACGUGCCCUCAUACGGCAGCGUCAGAACGAUGAGUAUUGGAGGAAGGUGUGUGGCCAACCGAUUAAAUCGCGCAAUGCACGCAUCGACGAUUUGCGACACGUGGACAUAUGCACGAAAAGCAAUUUGGCGCUGGAGGUGAAGCAAAAGGCGGAGUUGGCAAAGCUCUAUUACGCAGAGCUGCGGCGUCAAAUGUGCGAGGAGUACGAACGGCGGCUGCGUGAGGCUCAGGAGAUGCGCGAACAAGAGGUAAUCGAAAAUCAAUUUGUACAUCCGGCGAAGUCAAAGGCUGAACUGCUGGCUGAACAGCGUAAAGGACGUGAGGAGCUGGAUCAUCAGCUGGUCGAAAAUGCGCGUUUACACGCCGAGGAGGAGGAAAAGUAUAAUAAACAAUUGGAAUUGGUGGCGGAUGACAGGAACUUUUGCAAAAGAGUGGCGGAGCAAUAUAUCGCUGAUCAAAAGGACCAUCUUCCCACUCAUCCCAACUGGUUAAUAUACCAGUGCCCAAACAAACACUUUGCAGUUAAAUGUGUUUCGCCCGAAAGGCAAGGUCUGAGCAAGUCGGAAGUCAAGCUCGAGCGUGAAGAUGCUUGCAUAGAACCCUGCGGUUGUUUUGCUCGAUCGCCCAAUGAGUGUUCGAAUUACAGUUAUCUGUCGCCGCUAAAGCAUGGACCGAAUGCUGAUCAAAAAUUGCGUAACGCCACUUUGUGUCUGCCGCGGGAGUCAUUGGUGGUUCUUAGAUAAUUUUUUUAGAAAGCCAGUAAAAUAAAUAAAAAACG